GGAUAAAGAAAUGUAAAUUCCUCUCCAGUAUCUCAAGAAGGAUUAACAGUGGAUUUUGGAGUUGCCAGUUCCAGCAAAUAUCACCAUGUACAGACCAGGGGAGAAAGUGAAGCGUUGGAUGAAUAUUCAUGGUUCUAGUAUAAGAGCUGUUGAAGUUGCUAGAGGGAGAGCGGGAUAUGGAUUUACCCUUUCUGGACAAGCACCCUGUAUUCUUAGUUGUGUUUUGAAAGGAAGCCCUGCUGAUUAUGUGGGACUUAAAGCUGGAGAUAAAAUAUAUGCGAUAAAUGAAAUUAAUGUGAAAAAGGCAUCCCAUGAAGAUGUGGUGAAGCUAAUAGGCAAAUGCUCUGGGGUCUUGCAUAUGGUCAUUGCUGAAGGGGUUGGCCACACUGACUCAUGUUCAAGUGAUGAAGAAGUUGGGUUUUAUGACGGGAAAGGGUGGCUAAAACCCAAACCUGACUCAAAAGUGUUGGGUAUAAACAGAGCAGAGAAGGUUGUGGAAGAAAUGCAGUCUGGUGGAAUUCUGAACAUGAUCUUUGAAAAUCCUAAUGUUUGUGCUGCUAACAUGAAGACCUCAUCAAGAAAGCAAAUGCCAGCACAUGAAUCUGCUGCUGUUAGGUUGGACUCGGGAUCAGAAAAAGCAAACAACCCAAAUAUGCUUUAUAAUGAGGAACUCUCCAAAGUCAUGAAUGAUGAUUCAGUUUUUAGAACUGGAAUGGAAAACCAGGAAUGUUUUGGCUUAGAUGCAAGUAUUUUACACGUGGCUAUGGUUGUGGGCUACCUAGGAUCAAUUGAACUUCCGUCUUCAAAUUCAAAUCUAGAAUACGAUAGUUUGCAGGCAAUUCGUGGGUGCAUGAGGCGUCUUCGGGCUGAACAAAAAAUCCAUUCAUUGGUGAUGAUGAAGAUUAUGCACGACUGUAUUCAACUCUGCAGUGAUAAAUCCGGAGUGAUUGCAGAGUAUCCUGCAGAGAAGUUAGCGUUUAGCGCUGUAUGCCCUGACGACAGAAGAUUUUUUGGGCUAGUUACAAUGCAGACCAUUGAUGAUACAAGUUUGGCUCAGGAAAAUGAAGCGGUUUUGAGGACAUCAUGUCAUGUAUUUAUGGUGGAUCCAGAACUAUUUCAUCAUAAAAUUCACCAGGGCAUUGCACAUCGUUUUGGAUUGGAAUGCACAGCAGAUCCAGACACUAAUGGCUGUCUAGAAUUUCCAGUUUCAUCUCUACCUGUUCUUCAGUUUGUCUCUGUUUUGUACAGGGAUAUGGGGGAAUUGAUUGAGGGCGUGCGGGCAAGGGCUUUUCUUGAGGGAGAUGGAGAUGUUCAUCAGAAUAACAGUAUGAGCAGUAAUAGUGAUAGUGGUAUUGGAAAUUUUAACCAAGAAGAGAAAGGUAAUAGAGUUUUGGUAGUUGACCUAGGAGGCAACUCAACUAAACAUAUUCCUAGUAGUGUGUGGGAUAAUCCAAUAGGUAGAAGUCAAGCUAAUUCCCACUGGAAUAUGUUUGAUCAUGAACAGGAAGAAAACUCUGCUUUAGAGGUCAUAUUGCAGAAUGAUAAAUCUCAAAAUCAGAAUAAGUUUCUGGGUCCUUCAGCACGCAUCGAAGUUCCUAUAGUUUCUCCCCAAAUUUCAGUUCCAUCAUGCAAGAAAAAUUCUGUGGGCACUUCCAAUCAGAGAUGGCUGCCGGUUCAUGUGCUAAAAGAUUGGCAGCAUGCAUGCAUAAGUGACCAGGAGUCAUACACGGAUUCUACAGAUGGCUGGUCAAGUGUUAACUGUGGUACUCUUCCCCCACCAAUGAGUAAGAUUCCUGCUGACAGAUACAGAGUAAAUGGCAGCUUUGGUCAGCCUCAUCUAAUGUCUCAAAGGAAUGAAUGGUCUAAGAAGGGUUUUCAUACACCAAACACAUUUGACCCUCAACACAAUGUCAGAAAAACCAAAGAAGAUAAAAAGUGUGCAAAGUUUGGACAUACUUCUGGAUUUUCACAAGCUCCCCAACGUUCCUCUGGUAGAAGAUCAUUUGGACGGUCAAAGAGAUUCAGCAUUACUCGUUCACUUGAUGAUCUUGAGUCUGCAGCUGUGUCUGAUGGAGGUAAGCUCAAGCUUUCUGGGGGAAUGCAUUAA